AUGCAGCAAUCGCUACCAUUCGAUCAUUUCUGCGUUUUGUACAUGGUCGAGGUAUCAAUAUUGACUUUGAUCGAUUUUGCCUCGUUAGGGAAACCUCAUUUGGAAGAAGAUGCGUUACCCGCUAGCGAGCCAUCUCCAUUCAAUCCCGCUCCAUCAGGCGUCAUAGAAAACAGGGGUGCGGAACCGGUUGGCCCGUCGGAUGCAACACGUAUGCGCUAUCCGAGGGCGCCGUGA